AUGUCAGAAUGGGAGCACUGGGAGGAUUGGUCUUCCUCAACAGAGUCAUUAUUCCCUUGUCUCCAUGAGCUUACAAUUCAGUAUUGCCCCAAAUUGAUUAUGAAACUACCCACUUACCUACCUUCUCUUACAGAGCUCUCUGUUCACUUUUGUCCAAAAUUGGAGUCUCCACUUUCAAGACUUCCACUGCUGAAGGAAUUAUAUGUAGGAGAAUGUAAUGAGGCGGUCUUGAGCAGUGGAAAUGACCUCACCUCACUCACCAAGUUAACAAUUUCUGGGAUUUCAGGGCUUAUCAAAUUGCAUGAAGGAUUUGUGCAAUUUUUGCAAGGGCUUCGGGUUUUGAAAGUAUGGGAAUGCGAAGAACUCGAAUAUUUGUGGGAGGAUGGUUUUGGAUCGGAAAACUCUCAUUCUCUUGAGAUUAGAGAUUGUGAUCAACUUGUAUCCUUGGGAUGCAAUCUUCAGUCUUUGCAAAUAGAUAGAUGUGAUAAACUAGAGAGGCUUCCAAAUGGAUGGCAGAGUCUAACAUGCCUUGAAGAAUUGACAAUCAGGAAUUGUCCAAAGCUAGCGUCAUUUCCCGAUAUGAGGAACGACAGUACUGACAGCAACAACUUGUGUCUCCUUGAAGAGCUAGUGAUAUACAGGUGUCCAUCUCUCAUUUGCUUUCCAAAAGGGCAAUUACCCACCACCCUUAAGAGUCUAAGCAUAUCGUGUUGUGAAAAUCUCAAGUCUCUUCCAGAAGGAAUGAUGGGCAUGUGUGCCCUUGAAUACUUAUCUAUAGGGGGGUGUCCGUCUCUUAUUGGAUUACCGAAAGGUGGGCUACCCGCCACUCUCAAGGAACUCAGAAUAUGGAGUUGUGGAAGGCUAGAGUCUCUACCAGAGGGAAUAAUGCACUACGAUUCCACAUAUGCUGCUGCUCUCCAAGCCUUGGUAAUCUUUAAAUGUCCAUCUCUCACAUCCUUCCCAAGAGGCAAGUUUCCAUCCACCCUUGAGCGACUUCACAUUGGGGAUUGUGAACACCUCGAGUCAAUUUCAGAGGAGAUGUUUCACUCUACUAAUAAUUCACUUCAAUCUUUAAUCCUCGGGAGGUAUCCUAAUCUCAAAACCCUACCAGAUUGCCUCAACACCCUCACAGAUCUACGUAUUGUAGAUUUUGAAAAUCUGGAAUUGUUGCUUCCUCAGAUAAAAAAGCUCACUCGUCUUACAUCGCUUUUCAUUCGUAAUUGUGAGAAUAUCAAGACCCCCCUAUCCCAAUGGGGCCUUUCCAGACUCACCUCUCUUAAACUCCUCUGGAUUGGUGGCAUGUUUCCAGAUGCAACUUCCUUUUCGGAUGACCCCCACUCGAUUCUUUUUCCUACAACUCUCACCUCCCUUACCCUUUCACAAUUCCAGAAUCUGGAAUCCCUAGCCUCCCUGUCUCUCCAAACCCUCACCUCUCUUGAACAGCUAGAAAUCCAAAGUUGCCCUAAGCUCCGGUCAAUUUUGCCAAGGGAAGGACUAUUGCCUGACACCCUUUCACGACUGUAUGUGUGGCUUUGCCCACAUCUAACACAAAGGUACUCGAAGGAGGAAGGAGAUGAUUGGCCCAAGAUUGCCCACAUUCCCCGUGUGCAGAUACUUUGA